AUGGCGGAUUUAGCUGGUCAGUUGCCAAUAACAUUCCAUAGAGCCAUUGACAUGUGUUGUGACUGGCGCCAGGCUCUGGAAGACAUCAUCAGUCUGGGCUGUCACAGGGUACUGACCAGUGGUCAAGAUUCCUCAGCACUGGAAGGACUGCCCACUAUCAAACAGAUGAUUCAACAGAGCAGAGGUAGAAUAACAGUCAUGCCAGCUGGUGGAAUAAAUGAGAGAAAUGUGAAGAGGAUUUUAGAAGGAUGUGGUGCUAAAGAGUUCCAUGCUUCUGCCAGAAGCUUGUGUCAGUCAGCCAUGUUGUAUAAAAACUCUUCUGUUGCUAUGGGAGCAAGCUUAUCACCCGAUGAAUUCAGUCACAAAGUUACAGAUGAUAAAAAAGUAAUGAAUUUGGUUACCAUAGCAACGCAGGUUUCUAGUAGUUGAUGUACUGUAUGCUGGUAAAUAUUGUGCAUAAUAGGAUGGAUUUAAUGAAUGCAGGACAUUGUGACACCAUCAAUCAAUUUUUUUCAUGUAAAAGUGCAACUAACACAAUGGAUAAUUCCCAAAGAAAACCGUUCUAUUGGAUGUUAUCUUCCGAUAAAGUGAAUUCUAACACACUGUCAAGUAUUUUACUGGAAUGCCAACUGCUCUGCUCUUUACUUAAACUUACCAUUUUAUCUGUUUCCAAGUCACCUUACAGAAAAAAUAGCAAAUCCAAAAGGCCUAUACUUUUAAACAUUUUAUUGCCCUGCAUUUUGUAAAUACAAUAUGUUUCGCAUAACUCCAAUAUGAAGGGACUGGAAAAUACAGUUGUGUAAAGAUUCGAGGCAGACAAUUUCAUCUAUUACCAAAGAAAAAAUUUUCCCUCAAGAUUUCUUUGGGGUCAACCAUAUACUUAUAUAAAUACAUGUAGUUACGUGGUAUUGAUUGUAUUUACACCAAGGAGGAAUAAAGACCUCUGUAACAUUGUUCUAUU